GGUUGCUGGGGGGUUUUGGGAUUUUGACAGUCAGACUCAAUCUCAGUCUCAGUCAGUCGUGCCCUAAUCUCCGCCUGUCUCACAGUGAAGAAGAAGAAGAAGCAGCUCCUCUUCACCAGCCUCGGUUUGCAUGGGUUGUGAAUAUAACCAGUCUGGCUAAACAUUGUCCGGAUUUGUAGACGGUUAUAGAGUGAUACAUACGGUCUCUCUGUCUCGAUCAUGACUUGUUCCGUGGCUUUCCCUAUUCCUGUUUUGCGUCCCCUGGUCUGCAAUAAAUUUUUGUACCUGAGCAACCCCUGCAUUUCCUUGCCAAAGCUUGGCUACAGUUCACUGAAUCAGAAUCGAUUUCGACGAUUGUCUUCGAUUGAUGGCAACAACACUGGUAGUGGUUUGUCUGAUGCUGACAGCUUCUCCUCUAGGCCUGAAGAUUCAAGUGGAAAUAGUGAUAGUGGUCAAGGAGGCGCUGCGACAUCCAAUGAGACUUUGAAGAAACUGAGGAGAUAUGGGAUUGCUGGAUUGUUGUCAUAUGGGUUAUUGAAUACUGCCUACUAUCUUACGACAUUUCUCUUUGUGUGGUUCUAUGUUGCACCAACACCUGGAAGGAUGGGUUACCUUGCUGCUGCUCAGCGAUUUCUUAAAAUAAUGGCCAUGGUGUGGGCUGGUAGCCAGGUUACUAAGCUUAUACGAGCUGGAGGAGCCCUUGCUCUUGCUCCUUUUGUGGACAGGGGAUUGUCUUGGUUCACUAUCAAGUUCCAUUUUGAGUCUCAGGGAAAGGCUUUUGCGGCAAUUGUUGGAGUUUGCUUUGGACUGGCCUUGGUUUUGUUUUUCGCUGUAACAUUGCUUUGGGCUUAAAGCCAUUUCUGGCCUGUUCUCAGAGGGUUGUAUGGAAGUCAUUAUCUUAUGAUAUUGGCAUCUUUAGAAUUCUUGUCUAACUGAUCCAUUCUUUUGUUGUUACUUCCUUCAUCAGCUUCUUGUAUUUUCACUUGCUGCAUGCUGCAGUACAGCUAAUAAUUCAACUACCAUUUAACA